AUGGCUUCUGUCUGGACUAUAUGGAAAGAUAGGUGUACUAAAGUGUUUCAAAAUGUUUCACCUAAUAUAUUUUUGUCAAUUGAUUGUAUUAAUAAGCUUUCCAGUGCAGUACCAACUGAUAAUCCCACUGUGAAUAGUCCUGAGCAGAGGUUGACUUGGAAGCCUCCAGAAAAUGAUUUUUUAAAAAUCAAUUUUAAUGCUUCUUUUGUUCAAGUUUCUUUACAUGGAGGCAUUGGUCUAAUUGUAAGGGAUUUUGCAGGUGAUUGUAUUAAGGUCCAAGGAAAGUAUCUUGAUGGAGGAAUGAGAGCUGGCAUUGAAGUGGAAGAGUUGGAGUGUAAGUCUAUGCUUGAAGUUGUCAAGUUUGCAGUCACAAAGAUGUUCAGAGAAAUUGUUUUUGAGUCUGAUAGUGAAGUAUUAAUAAAAUCCAUCAGUGAACAAACUUCCUAUGUUCAUUGGAUGAAUCAGUAUAUUGUUUUAGAUAUCAAGUACUUCUUAAGUAAACUUAACAAAUGGCAGUGUGUUUUUGUUAAGAGGGAUGCUAAUGGGUAG